UAGAACAAACAGCAUUCAGUCGGUCUUCUUCGUCUCCACUCCCUGCUAAAAAGCGCCUCCUUCCCUUCCCUUCGUUUCCCCUCUUCUCCAGUAGUAACGUACCCAGCGAUAUCUUUAAUUUAAUUUCUUGAUUCAUUAACACUCUCAACAAAAUCCAAAUUUAUUUUACUUUCUUGGAAAUUGUUUAUCUGUGAUUGAUCAGCUUUUAUUUUUUUAUUUUUUUUCGUUUUUCAUCAAUUAUGUCGACAACCCUAAAUCCCUGCAAGCAUCUUUCUGAUUACAAGCUCAGGUAUGGCCUGAAAGGUUUCAAUAUGAUCCAAAAGUGGGUCAAAGCAAGCCCUUAUAGAAAAACCCUGAUGGAAAAAUCGAAAUCAGAGAUACCCAGAUGUAGUUUUUGUUGUGGGUAUGAAGGUAGAUUAUAUAUCUGUUUGAUCUGCUCAUCAAUGUCUUGUUCUUUGUCCCCAGAAUCAAAUCACGCCCUUUUGCAUACGCAAAAUCAGAUUGGGCAUGAGAUUGCUGUCGAUAUCCAAAGAUCUGAGCUGUAUUGUAUCGCUUGCGAUGAUCAGGUAUACGAUCCCGAUUUCGAUAGAGCCGUUAUGUGUGAGCAGAUUGUAGGAUUAGGAAAUGGGAAUCUUGAAGGUAUUAGAUCUAAUAUUAAGAGGAAACGAUUGAGUUCUGAGGCCGGAUUGAAUUCCGAUUUCAAGAAUCUGAAAAGGGUUACUGUUAGCGGCGGCGGUGAAUGGGAUCACGAUAGAAGGAUAUCGAAAUCUUGUUUUCCGGUGGGGUUGAGAGGCUUGAACAAUUUGGGCAACACGUGUUUCAUGAACUCUGUGUUGCAAGCAUUGCUUCAUGCUCCUCCUUUUAGAAAUUACUUCCUUAGUGGUAGACAUAACAAGGAUUCUUGCCGGAAAGCCUCUAACGACCGGUUUUGUUUAUCCUGUGACAUCGAGGUCAUCUUCUCCGCAGUGUUUUCCGGUGACCGGGCACCCUACAGUCCUGCUCAAUUCCUAUACAGUUGGUGGCGGCUUUCAGAAAAUCUUGCUUGUUACGAGCAACAAGAUGCUCAUGAAUUCUUCAUGUCAGUGCUCGAUCGGAUCCAUGAGAAAGAAGGGAAAACAAGAAACACAAGCAAAGGAGGAUCAACUUUCUGUCAAAUUAUUACAGAUAAUCCCGCCGGAGAUUGCCAUUGUGUAGUUCAUAGAGCGUUUUCUGGGUUACUGAGAUCCGACGUCACCUGCACAACCUGCGGUUUCACUUCCACUACCUACGAUCCAUGUGUAGACAUAUCUCUUGAUUUAAACACAAAUAUCGAUCAUACUCUUCAUAUCGCAAGUAACAAAGCACAAAAGUCAACAGACACCGGAAUUUCAACUUUGACUAGUUGCCUGGACCUUUUCACCCGGCCGGAAAAGUUGGGCUCCGACCAAAAACUAUUCUGCCAAAAUUGUCAAGAAAGACACGAAUCUGUUAAACAAAUGUCAAUCAGAAGACUCCCGUUAGUCUUAUGUUUACAUGUGAAACGAUUCGAACACUCUCUUGCAAGAAAAGCGUCACGAAAGAUCGACAGACAUUUACAGUUCCCGUUUUCUUUAGACAUGACGCCGUAUGUGUCGUCGUCGAUUGUCAGGAAAAGAUUUGGGAACCGGAUUUUUGCGUUUGAGGGGGACGAAUCGGACAUUUCAACAAAUUUUGAAGUUUUUGCUGUGAUUACUCAUUCGGGUAUGCUUGAAUCGGGUCAUUAUGUGACUUAUCUUCGGUUGAAUGAGCAAUGGUACAAGUGUGAUGAUGCAUGGAUCACGGAAGUCGAGGACGAAAUUGUCCGAUCAUCACAAAUUUACUUGGUGUUUUAUGUUCAGAAACCGAACGAGCAUAAAUCCGGCGAGGAUUCCGGUUGUCAUCUCCGGUCGGCUUCCGGCGAGUCCUAUAAGUCGGUUGCUGGUUGUUGCUGAAGAUGGAUGCAGUGUGGAAGGUGUUUCGUUAUGCUUUGAUCGGUUGUACCUUUGACUUUUGGUAAUCUGUUUGAGAAGUAUGGUGCAAAAUAAGGUCCAUUGAAAAACAGCCAUCAAUUUUAUUGGGUUGGGCUUUCUAACCUUCGUGUAUGUACAGAGUAAUUCUUUUGCUCGGAAAGUGAGAGGGUAUUUUUGGUAUUUUGCAUUUCUCUAACUUGGAAUCUCCUUUCCUAAUUGAUAAUUGAAGUUUUUACUUAAGUCCAA